AUGAAAGAUAAUACAACGAUGAUGGCGUUCCGGGAUAAUUUGAUCACGAAUCCAGUGCAGACUUACACUCAACUCAUGAAUCGAACAUGGAAUUACAUAAAUCUAAAUGAGGAACAACGGAGAAAAGCCGCCCAGACGACGAGUCAUGUUUUGACGCCAAGGCCGACCUUUAACCAAAAUCCUCGGCCAGACAGGUUCGGGCCGAGGGAACAACGGCAGCCACUACCACCUCGGAUGGAGCCACAUCGACCGGUGAAACUAGAAGAUCAAAAUAACAAUGAACCAGUCCGAUAUCCACCCAAAAUGCAGGACGAAGGAGAUAAGCAAAAAUACUGUCAGUUCCAUGAAGGACACGAACACAUCACCGAUGGGUGUGGUAGCCUCAAAAAGGAGAUCGACCGAGUGGUGCAAAUAGGCCGAUUAAAGGACUUUUUCGCCCAAAAUAAAAAUUUCACACCCGAGAGAAACAAUCAAACUAAUCAGAACACCAGGCGAGACAGCGGUCCACCACCGAAGAGACAAAUUGUCGCCGGGGUAAUUAACACAAUAGCUGGAGGAAUAACCAACCCUGAGUAUAAACGAGAUCGAAAAAAGAGGCAAAAAUUGGUGAUGCACGUAGCCACGACAGAAGUGCUGCCCGACGUUAGUUUCACCUCAGAAGAUGGAGAAGGAAUCGAUUUCCCUCACCAAGAUCUACUAGUCAUAUCAGGCUUAAUCGAGAAUUUCUGGGUCAUGAGGCAGCUGAUAGACGAAGGCAGCUCAGUUAAUUUGAUCACCAAAGAAGCUUAUCUCGGCAUUAGUUGCUCGGUGCUGAACUUGAAAAAGGUUAGCACACCACUCGUCGGCCUUGGAGGGUCCCCAGUACAAGCAGAAGGAGUUGCUGAGCUCACUGUUGAACUUGGACAAGAUAAUGGUGACCCAUUGGGCGGACUAACUGGUCUCACAGCCAAGUUCAAAACACUAUUCAUGGUGGUCCACAUGCCCCUAACAUACAAUGUUAUUCUCGGUCGGCCAAUGCUCUACGUUACAGGCGCGGUGACAUGCAUUCGAUAUUUGUCAAUGAAAAUUCCGACAAUGAAAGGAGUGGUGACGGUAGGCAGGACAUAG